AUGAAUUCUUGGCAUACUCCCUUCACCAGUUCAUCUGAGGACCUUCGCCAUUACCAACAGCAACACUACCAGCAGCAGCAGCAACAGCAACAGCAACAUUCCUAUCAUUAUCACCAAAAUUUACAACAUCUUCAACAUUAUCAACAGCAACCACAUCAUCACCAGCAGACACCCCCCACCGGGAGUGCCCGCAGACACCCCCAUCGGGAGUGCCCGCAGAUACCCCCACCGGGAGUGCCCGCAGACACCCCCACCGGGAGUGCCCGCAGACACCCCCGUCGGGAGUGCCAGCAGACACCCCCAUCGGGAGUGCCGCAGACACCCCCACCGGGAGUGCCCGCAGACACCCCCACCGGGAGUGCCCGCAGACACCCCCACCGGGAGUGCCAGCAGACACCCCCAUCGGGAGUGCCGCAGACACCCCCACCGGGAGUGCUCGCAGACACCCCCACCGGGAGUGCCGCAGACACCCCCACCGGGAGUCCCGCAGACACCCCCAUCGGGAGUGCCAGCAGACACCCCCAUCGGGAGUGCCGCAGACACCCCCACCGGGAGUGCCCGCAGACACCCCCACCGGGAGUGCCACAGACACCCCCCACCGGGAGUGCCCGCAGACACCCUCAUCGGGAGUGGCGCAGACACCCCCACCGGGAGUGCCCGCAGACACCCCUCGCCGGGAGUGCCGCAGACACCCCCACCGGGAGUGCCGCAGACACCCCCACCGGGAGUGCCGCAGACACCCCCACCGGGAGUGCCGCAGACACCCCCACCGGGAGUGCCGCAGACACCCCCACCGGGAGUGCCGCAGACACCCCCACCGGGAGUGCCGCAGACACCCCCACCGGGAGUGCCGCAGACACCCCCACCGGGAGUGCCGCAGACACCCCCACCGGGAGUGCCCGCAGACACCCCCCGCCGGGAGUGCCCGCAGACACCCCCCGCCGGGAGUGCCCGCAGACACCCCCACCGGGAGUGCCUGCAGACACCCCCACCGGGAGUGCCGCAGACACCCCCACCGGGAGUGCCGCAGACACCCCCCACCGGGAGUGCCGCAGACACCCCCACCGGGAGUGCCUGCAGACACCCCUCACCGGGAGUGCCUGCAGACACCCCCCACCGGGAGUGCCGCAAACACCCCCCACCGGGAGUGCCGCAGACACCCCCACCGGGAGUGCCCGCAGACACCCCCACUGGGAGUGCCGCAGACACCCCCACCGGGAGUGCCGCAGACAUCCCCACCGGGAGUGCCGCAGACACCCCCACCGGGAGUGCCCGCAGACACCCCCACCGGGAGUGCCCGCAGACACCCCCCACCGGGAGUGCCGUAGACACCCCCCACCGGGAGUGCCGCAGACACCCCCCACAGGGAGUGCCGCAGACACCCCCCACCAGGAGUGCCGCAGACACCCCCCACCGGGAGUGCCGCAGACACCCCCACUGGGAGUGCCCGCAGACACCCCCCACCGGGAGUGCCACAGACACCCCCACCGGGAGUGCCGCAGACACCCCCACCGGGAGUGCCCGCAGACACCCCCACUGGGAGUGCCCGCAGACAACCCCCACCGGGAGUGUCGCAGACAACCCCCACCGGGAGUGCCACAGACACCCCCACCGGGAGUGCCACAGACACCCCCACCGGGAGUGCCGCAGACACCCCUACCGGGAGUGCCCGCAGACAACCCCCACCGGGAGUGCCGCAGACACCCCCACCGGGAGUGCCCGCAGACACCCCCACUGGGAGUGCCCGCAGACAACCCCCACCGGGAGUGCCGCAGACAACCCCCACCGGGAGUGCCCGCAGACACCCCUACCGGGAGUGCCCGCAGACACCCCUACCGGGAGUGCCAGCAGACACCCCCACCGGGAGUGCCGCAGACACCCCCACCGGGAGUGCCCGCAGACACCCCCACCGGGAGUGCCCGCAGACACCCCUACCGGGAGUGCCAGCAGACACCCCCACCGGGAGUGCCCGCAGACACCCCCACCAGGAGUGCCCGCAGACACCCCUACCGGGAGUGCCGCAGACACCCCUACCGGGAGUGCCCGCAGACACCCCUACCGGGAGUGCCAGCAGACACCCCCACCGGGAGUGCCGCAGACACCCCCACCGGGAGUGCCCGCAGACACCUCUACCGGGAGUGCCAGCAGACACCCCCACCGGGAGUGCCGCAGACACCCCCACCGGGAGUGCCCGCAGACACCCCUACCGGGAGUGCCCGCAGACACCCCUACCGGGAGUGCCGCAGACACCCCCACCAGGACUCUAACCUUGGACGCGCUGUGAUUGAACUAAUAACACCGAGUAUUGUGGAGUGA